AGCCGACUCGGUCGCUCCUCUCUCCCCAACGGUACACUAACCGUCCCCGGUGAGCAUUUGUCUCCGCUCACCCGAGAACCAAGCGGAAAAUUUCCUUUCUUUCUUCUCUCUCUCGCUCUCUGCUGCCUAAAUCCCGAUGACGACCGUCACCUCAUGCGCUCCCGUUCGAUACGCCUGCGAUGAGAUCGCCGAUCGCUUCUAUCGCCUCAUCCCCUGCCUCUCUGAUUCCGGGAAAAGAUCUAAGCUUGGUGUGAAAGUGUUACUGAUUCUUCUUCAUGUGAUCCUCGUGGGCUCUGUGUUUCUCUUGGAUUCGGAUUUGAUACGGAGAACUAAAAAAGAGCCCUGGUACACUGUAGUAUACUUAAUACUGUUUGCAGCUACACUAGUUCAAUAUUUUUUCACAUCCGGCUCAUCUCCAGGCUAUGUUAUUGAUGCUAUGAAAGCUGAGCAUGGGACCCAUGCUACGGUUAUAAAUAUUUCAAAGGCUUCAAUGCAAUCUGCUUCAAGAAAUGGGAACUUGAGUUCUUCCACUAAUAGCAACCUGUUAGGAAGAAAUAGUCGUUCAAGUUCUUCAUCGUGGUUGAAGCUGGUGAUGGACUUAUAUCCUCCUGGAUCCUCAAGCAGAAGUUGGACCUGCAUGUAUUGUAACAUUAUUCAGCCUCCACGAUCGAAGCAUUGCCAUGAUUGUGAUAAAUGCGUCCUUCAGUUUGAUCAUCAUUGCGUUUGGCUAGGAACAUGCAUUGGCAGAGGGAACCAUUGUCGCUUCUGGUGGUACAUAUUUGAAGAAACGAUUCUAUGUGUCUGGACUGGCAUAUUGUACAUCACCUUCUUGAGAUCAAAAGAUGUGAAAGAAUGGUGGGAAGUUUUCUUUACUGUACUUUUUCUGACUGCAUUGGCAUUCUGCUUUAUAUUUCUGGUUUUGCUGCUUUUGUUUCAUAGUUAUCUCGUGGUAACAAAUCAAACUACUUAUGAGCUUGUGAGGAGACGGCGGAUACUUUAUCUAAGGGGAAUUCCUGAGAGGGUUCGGCCAUUCAGUAAAGGAGCCUGCAGAAAUAUCUACAACUUUUGCUGCUCCAAUGAUAGUAUAUACACCAUGGAAGCAGUACCCACAUUAGAGGAACUAGAGGCCAGAGCAAAACCUUAUACAUGCGUUGACAUUAUUUCAUGUCGAUGUUGCUGAUGCGAUCAUACUGCCUGCAUUUCCUUUUUCUUUUUUCCAUUUCGUUUAGGAUUGUAACAUAUUAGAUUUUUUGAGGUAUUUUGCCAUAUUUAUGUGUACAUGUCUUAUUACACUUCAGGCUUUGGGUUUUUUUUCCGUCAUGGCUUGGUCUAUAGGUGGUAAUUAAUUCCAUAAACUCUUGUUUGAUCAUGGGCUUUUCCAGCGGCCAGCAUAAGUGUUGUAUUUUUCUUCUAUCAGAGAUAUUUGAACGAUUAUUGUAAUUUUGAAUAGCAGAAUUCAUAUGAUCCCAUUUAUUUAAACCAAACAGAAAUUGUGCCCA